AUGGAUCAAUUCCUAGACACGUCGCAAUUGCUCGGCUUCAUGGAUCUCAGUGGAUUCGGAGCGUCGGCUACUGGGCUAGAAUAUGGUGUAUUAGGCAACAUGAUCCAAACAACAACUCCACCUCCUCCACCUCCUCUUCCAGCAACUUCCCAACCAGAAAGUGAAAAGCCAUCCAACAAGAAACGCAAUAGCAGCACGACCUCUUUACAAUAUCGUAAACGCAACAAGACACCAGCCGAUGUAUAUGAACAAGUCAAUCAACCUUUUAAUUAUGCUCAAGGAUUUCAUUAUUUGAUCCAAUACGUCCGUGAAAGAAUGAGCAGUGAUGACUUGAUGCGCAUCAGCAGGGCAUUGGCAUUAUUUCGACCUUCAUUUUUGGCUCUCAUUAUGAAUCUCACCGAGGAAGAUUUGGUAUUCAUGGAGAAAUGUGUUCAACGCACUUUGCUGGAAUACGAAAAGUUGAUUAGCUUUUCAGGUACACCGACGGUAGUUUGGCGGCGAACAGGGGAGAUUUGUUUGGUGGGCAAGGAGUUUUCACUGUUGACGCAAUGGCCGAGGGACACUUUGUUGAAUACGACAACAUACAUUUAUGAGUUAAUGGAUAAUGGUUCAGCAGUGGAAUAUUGGGAGAAGUUUUCAUUGCAUGCAUUUGACAGCACGGACAAGACAUGCACCCAUUCAUGCAUUCUUCGAACACCGACACAAAAGCCUGUGCCUUGCACGUUUUGUUUUACCAUCAAACGGGAUAUUUUCGAUUUGCCGAGUGUGAUUGUUGGCAAUUUCCUACCACUCCUUAGUUGA